AUUGUCAAUCUGCAGUAACGCAAAUUGCAAAGGGGACAGACUUUAGGGUAUACCGGCAAGAUGGUCAUGAUCAGCAUGUUCACACACUCAACCGUAAGCGUGACCUUUGGUGUCCUUUUAUUGUCUUACGCCCUUCCGGUUGCUGUAUCACAAGCACUGGCUUUUUCAAGCCCUAGCUAUACAUUUUCCGUAGCGAGCGAUGUUAAGCUCAACACAGCUGUUGGUGUGGUGUCUGUUAAUUAUCCGUCUGCCACAGUAUGGACCAUUGUUUAUGCAACCAACAAUUUUGCCAUCAACUAUCUUAACGGAACACUGAUAACUACCAACUAUCUGCAACCGUGCAGCCUUUACAACGUCAUCGUGCGUGCUAGCAACGCCCAGCGGGGCAAUCCCUACACCAACGUAGCCGUGCAAACAUCGUGCCCCAACAGCGCCAUCUCCAUUCCCGCCUUCGACCAGCCGACCGGCUACAGUAUAUCCGUGGGCAACGGGUGCCCUAUCAACAGUUACGUGGGCGUCGUCACCGCGGCUCGUGCCACCAACUAUUCCCUAGCUUCCCCAUACUUCAACAUUAACCCUUUUAGCGGCCAGAUUACGCUGACCAACGCCCCGCCCAACAGUCCCACCGUGGUCAACGUCAUCGCCGCCAACAGCGCCGGCAGUCGGUCGGUGCCGGUGACCCUGUACACUGCCGGAUGUACGGGCGUGUCAACCGGGAUCAGCCCGACCUUUUCACAAAACGCCUAUGCCUUUACGGCGACAAACUGUGUUAGCGGAUCGAUUAUCGGGAGAGUGACGGCCACGUCUACUUCCGGCGCGGUGACCUAUUCGCUGGGUGGCAGCCCGUACUUUACGAUUAAUUCCUCCGGUGUUAUUUCGGUGUCCGGGAUUCCCCCAAUUUCCGGAACGACCCAGACCGUGGAAGUUUACGCUACAAAUACCAGUAACGGGAAAUCAUCGAUGGUGCCGGUUAUGAUAACUAUACCGGUGCUUUGCAAUGGAUCGCAAUCGGGACCGGAUAUUGGCUAAUGGCCAGUUUGCCAGUUAAUGUACAGAGUGCAGAGAAUACUGUACGUAUUUUUUAAAAAGCGUACAGCGGUUUUGCGUCCCAUUCUGCAACGCUGCAUCUAUUUUUGUCUCACUGCAAAUAAAAACUUUUAUACUGUA